GGAAUCAAAAUUAAAGUAUAAUAAAACUUAGAUCAGUUAAGGAAUAAAAUAAUUUUAAUCCCUUAUAUCUUUUACAUUUUGUCAAUGCUCUAGAUAAAUAAUAGUGUUAAUUAGAAAAACCACAAAAAUUUGUUAUUGUAUAUGUUACUAAGGUCUUCUUCUCGAGGAUAAGAGCUUCAUUUACUUCUUAGAUACGCUUUAUGGCACCUAAAGUAGCUGUUCCACUCUCUUUGCCCAUAUUCUCUUUUGACUUUUUUUCUACUCUCAAAAAGGAUGUAUUUUGGUGGUGUUAAAGACCUCCAACUCCAAGAGGAGAAAUGCAACUUUAGUUGGGAAUUGAUGCCAUAGGACCCACCACAGUGAUGGCUGAGUUUGAGACAUUAGAGAUCGAAGAUACAUGCAUGGCUUUGAGACCCCAUGCAGUCUGCGUGCCUAGUCCAGCACAAAGCCACGUACACUCAAUGCUGAAGUUGGCCAAGCUCCUACACGUCAAUAGUUUCCACAUCACAUUCAUCCACUCCGAGUCCAACUACAACACAAUCAUCAAAACCUAUGGAGUUUCUUCUCUCAAGGGAUUAGAUGACUUUUGUUUUGAGACAGUACCUGAUCGCCUUCCUCCAGAUAAGAGUGUCCACCAAGAUAUAGAAUCCCUUGUCAACUCGGCCCAGACUACUCGUGUGAUUCCUUUCAGAAACUUAUUGAUCAGACUAAAUGAUCAUCCUUUGUCUGGUGUGCCACCGGUGUCAUGUAUCAUCUCUGAUUCCUUUUGUAGCUACACUCUAGAAGUUGCCAAGGAGUUCAACAUCCCUGACUUCUUCUACUGCCCUAUUAGUGCUUGUGGUUACAUGGGGUUCAUACACUACAAGGAGCUCAUUGACAGAGGCAUCACACCAUUGAAAAGUGAGAGUGAUCUCAGUAAUGGAUAUUUGGACACACCAGUGGAGUGGAUACCGGGUUUGAAGAACAUUCGCAUGAGGGAUCUUCCAAGCUUCAUUAGAACUACUGAUCCAGAUGAUACAUACUUGAACUUGCUGAAGAGAGAAGGGCAGAAAGCUUUUGAAGCCACUGCAAUCAUCAUAAACACGUUUGAUGAAUUAGAAGAUGAAGUGCUGAGUGCUAUGGCAUCCAUGCUCCCUCCUCUGUACACUAUAGGACCUCUCUCCUUGCUUUAUAACCAAUUCCCUGUCUCUGAAGCUACUUCAAUUAUUGGGUCAAGCUUCUUGAAAGAGGAUGAGGAUUGUCUGGAAUGGUUAGAUGAAAAGGAGUCAGGGUCAGUGCUGUAUGUGAACUUUGGAAGCUUGGUAGUUGUAUCUAAUGAGCAGAUGAUAGAGUUUGCAUGGGGUUUGGCUAACAGCAAGCAUGACUUCUUAUGGAUCAUAAGGCCAGACCUUGUGAAGGGUGAAGCUGCAGUGCUUCCAGAGGAGUGGUUGGACAAGAUCAAAGGGAGAGGGUUGUUAGCAAGCUGGUGCCCACAAGAGAGAGUGUUAUCUCAUCCAUCAGUGAGGGGUUUCUUGACUCACAGUGGAUGGAACUCUACAAUGGAGAGUAUGAGUGCAGUGAAGCCAAUGAUCUGUUGGCCGUAUUUUGCUGACCAACAAACAAACUGUAGAUAUGUUUGCAAUGAGUGGGGGAUUGGCAUGGAGCUUGAUAGUGAAGUGAAGAGGGAACAGGUUGAGGAACUCAUAGUGGAGUUGAUGGAUGGAGAGAAAGGGAAGGAGAUAAAGAAGAAGGUGGUGGAGUGGAAGGAGAAGGCCAGGAGAGCUACACAAGAAGGUGGUUCAUCUUUCAUGAAUUUCAAAAGAGUUGUUAAUGAUUUGCUUCUUUGUAAUAAUAAACAUUAGGUUAUCUAGUUAAUUCGGUAUUUAAGGGUUGCCUCUUAGUUUCUA